UAGAACAAACGACAAACCACCAAUCUAGACGCUUAAAAGCUUUUUCUAUCUUUUGAAUAAUAUCAAAGAUUGAAUAAAAAUCUUCUUGUUAGGUUUUUGUUCUUUUCAUUUGAACCACUUUUAUAUUACCAUGAUUAUUGUCCAUGUGUAACAUCUACUCCAAUGGUUAAACGAAUUCUGAGUAUACAUAGUAUCAAUGCGAUCGAUCGUGACGACAAUGAUCUGACACGAAGAGAUUUGUUGGAGAGUAGUCCAUUAACAAAUAAUCGUGCUACUUCAGCGCCGAUAAUUGAUAAUGGUGUGUCAUCGGACGACGAACAUCCUCACCGUACGAAAAAGCAAAGUUUAACGAUUGUUAAGGUUAAAACAACUGAAUUCGCAAUCAAGAAAUCAGGUGAUCAACCAACUGAAGUACGUGAACAAUGGAGCGAAAAACUGGACUUUCUUCUAUCUAUUAUUGGCUUUGCUGUUGACCUUGCUAAUAUAUGGCGUUUUCCAUAUUUAUGCUACAAAAACGGAGGAGGUGCAUUUCUUAUUCCAUAUGUUCUUUCAGUUAUACUCGGUGGUAUGCCUUUAUUUUAUUUGGAGUUAUUACUUGGACAAUACUAUCGACAAGGUGCAAUAACAUGCU